AUGGCCAUUCCAUUUCCCUUCAUACUAGCUUAUAUUGCAUUUCUGGCUUCAGUGGCAAGACUUGCUAUUUACCUACACUGGCGCCGCUUGGCACGAAAAUCAAGACCAGAACCUUUGUUCAAAGAGCCACAAACAGCAAGAGAUAUUUAUAUUAGUUUAUUAAAUGUAGAACCACCACCACCUCAAGCUAUCUUGGUCUCUGCUCUUAUGGCUCGUGGAAUGGAAACAUUAAAGAGGCAUACACAACUUCAACAGAAAAAAUAUGUACUUUCAAAGUUAUGGUCAGAAGGUUUGAUUGGGACUGAAGUAUGGGAUAGUUUAUUGAUUGGACAAAAAGAAAUUGAAUUAGAAAUCAAAGAACUUGAAGAUGAAGCUAAGAAUUUAGAGAUUGAUUUCAAAUCAAUGCCAAAGAUCUUAUUAGAGUGUUGUAACAGUUUUCAACAUCAAUCUGUUUAUUGGAAUAUAUCAAAGAAGAUUGAUGAUUUUAAGAAUGAAAACUUGGAGAUUGAUCAGCCAACCAAUAUGUUCAAGUCGAAUGAUAGACUUUCUCUUUUGGAUUCAAAACCUGCUAUUCCAGCUCCUAAAAUCUUUAAAAAAACAGAUAAAAAUGGAGGUGAUGAUGAGACCAACAAAUCUGGUAUGGAUGUCAAGCAGAUGGAAAAGGAUGAUGAUCUCAAUUUAGAUUGA